GAACUCUGGUCUCUAAAGCUGCCGAUGGCUGGCUGACUGGCUGGACGCAUGUGGUGCGAUCGAAAAGUUUUAUAAAACCCCUCGCAACACAGCGUGACCGAGCAACAGCGGCAGUGCUAGCUUAAAAUUGUGGCUCGGCCCAUUCAACUUCCAGUCAGUUAUCGACCGUACAACUGUAAACCUCACCGGAGUGUAGGUUCCACACCGUUUUCAGCGACGCAGGAGUGUUGAGGACCUGCAUCCAGUAGAACUCGGGGUUGUGAUUGAUUCGUUAAGCGUGGCUUAAUUGCAAAGUGAUACAAGAAAAAUCCAUCUGAGAGAGCACAACAAAUAGUUGCUCAACCGCAGUGCUAUUGAAAUAGAGCAUCAUCAACAACAACAACAACACAACGCAUCCCUGAGACUUCAGCAACAACAGCAGCAGCAAAGAUGAAUGUCGAGAUCACGCCAAACUACUCGUACAUCUUCGACUUUGAAAAUGAAUUCAUUCAUCAGGAUACGCGGGUCUGGAUGGUCAAAAACUGGACCUACGUGUUCUACUACUGUGGAAUCUACAUGGCGGUGAUCUUCGGAGGACAGCACUUCAUGCAAAAUAGACCAAGAUUCGAGCUACGUGGAUUAUUAGCGAUAUGGAAUUCAUUGCUAGCAAUGUUCAGUAUAAUGGGUGCCUGCCGGACAGCGCCAGAACUGGUACACGUGUUGAGGCAUUACGGUCUCUUCCAUUCCGUGUGUGUUCCAAGCUUCAUCGAGCAUGAUCGUGUAAGCGGUUUCUGGACCUGGCUGUUCGUGCUGUCCAAGCUGCCCGAGUUGGGUGAUACGGUGUUCAUCGUGCUCCGGAAGCAGCCACUGAUCUUCCUGCACUGGUAUCACCACAUCACGGUGCUGAUGUAUUCGUGGUUCUCGUACACCGAGUACACCGCCUCUGCCCGUUGGUUCAUCGUGAUGAACUACUGCGUGCACUCUGUGAUGUACUCGUACUACGCCCUCCGUGCUCUGAACUUCAAGCCUCCACGUUCGAUCGCUAUGCUGAUCACAACCCUCCAGCUGACCCAGAUGGUCGUCGGUUGUGCCAUCAACAUUUGGGCCCACGGUUUCCUGCAAACGGCCGGCAAGGGCAGCUGUAACAUCUCCGAAAUGAACAUCAAACUGUCGAUUGCGAUGUACUUCAGCUACUUUGUACUGUUUGCCCGUUUCUUCUACAAGACCUACCUCUCGACGAACGCACGCAAGGGCAAACGCUCGCUCCAGUCGGCUUCCAGCAAUGGAAGCUCCGCUGUACAGUACAGUAGCAUCAGCAGCAGUAAACAGGCCUCCAUGGGUGGCGCCAUUAAUUCCAAUCUGUUGUCGGCAGCACAACAAACCGAUAAGGUUAAGGCACAGUAAGAUGGGGCUCCGGGCUGCUGCAGAGCACAUCUCCCGUGGCAAAUGCACACAAACAAAAAAACACAGCAAAAACCAAGAAAUCAAAUUUCAACCGGGAUCUUCUCCUAAUCUGUAUUUACGUGCUUCUUCUCGUGUUACCUACCUUUCCUGCUCCAACGGGCAGAAAGGGAAUCCGCGUCGCCAAUGGCAUUCAAUACCACUUGAAUGUUUUCAUUUUCCGCAAUCGUCAACUGCACUAUUGCUAUUCGUAGAGUAUAGCAUAGACGUCGUUCCAAUGCAAUCGUUCAGCGGUAACUUGCGGAAAAUCAAAGAAACGUAGCUCAAAGAAGGAUCCUGCCGUUAUAGCUUAGUAAGCUUUUUCAUCUGCUCCUUGAUCUAGUGACAAACAGUGUAGCGAGCAACGGAUAAGCCCGGUGUACAGGGCGAUAAGAAUAGUAGUGCACUUCAUAACUCCCAUUCAAGUUAAUCCUUUUGUUGCGUUUGUUUUUGGCAACAAAAGAUUCUUGCAUACCAAUUUCAACAACAACCAGACUAUAGCUUAACAAACAUUCAGGUGAAAUAUUUUAAGUGAAAAAAAAAAUAUUUUAGCAUAGAAGAGCUAAAGACAGGAAUAGUAACGAGCGAAAUGAUCAAAGACGAGAAGAAGAGUCAUUUGCGACGACAGACAACAGAGAAGACAAAAGUGUUGUUAGAAAGAGAUUUAUCUAGGCUUACGGGUGUUUGCAUCUGGCCACUUAGCGUGGAAGAUGGACCUGGAGUCGGACAGCAGUAUAAUAGGUACGGUACGAGACUAAAACAAGAGGACUGACAGGAGUUACUACAGCAGCUGGCUUCUUAUUUAUUUCCCUUUGGGUAAGGGUAAGUUCUGUGUAAGUUUUUUUUGUUUGUUUAUUUAAAUCUUUUCAUUCUAUUGUUCUCUUCUUUCGUCAGGAUGUGUUAGCAAAUCUCGACUUUGUUUUUCAAACCGGAAAAAGGUUUUCGUAGAAAACAGUAAAGACUUUGUGUAAUAAUCUGUUGUUUCGUAGUAGUAGUUUUAAAUGUUUUUCAAUUGUGAUUACUGUAACAUACUAGUGGUACUAAGUACGUCCAUGAGUACGUCCUUUACAGCAAUAUCAGUAAACGUGGCGACUAAUUCUUAGAGGCUCUAAAAUGUGGGAGUGUUACAGAAUGACCGAAUAUCAUUCCCAUCUUUGCUGCAAGCAAGGGCUGUUCACUUACUUAGAUUUGUGACAACUUUUCUCGAUUGUCGAGUUAAUGUAAACAACAAUGGAAUUAUUAUUGAUAGAUUCACAUUUCUUGGAAUGACCCACUUCCCGACUAUCUUUCUUUUUUUUAGACGAUUCGGAAAUGUUGGUGCCGAAUUUUACUAGUAAAUUCAUUUGUGCACCUUAUGUUACGUAUCACGUGUAAUGGUUAUUGUUUCCAGCGGUAUCAAGAUAUCUGCAUAUAAAUUUGUGCAGCAUUCCAUAUUUUUCAUAAAUGCUGAUGCUCGGGAAAUAUUCAAUUAAAAUUUUAUAUGGGAGCGUUUUGUUUAUUCGCCCUCCUGCAGAUUUUUCUACUCGACGAGCUGCCAAGCAGUUGGUCAGUUGUCAAAUGUGGAAUGAGUUCAAAACGAUUUGGAAAUUAUUUUGCAUAUUGGAUAUUAAAAAUUUAACUUUUUUUCUUGAAAUUGCUUCCUUAAUCUAGCUACUGGGCAACCAGCAUUUCUAUUGUUUGAAAAUACUAAAAAAACUAAAAAAAGAAUGUCCCAACAGUAAAAAUAAAUGAAAACUAUUUAAAACACCUACGAAGCACUCGUACUUUGGGCCAAGCCCAUAUAGUUACUCUCUCCUACUCUCAACUUGCUUGAGUUCUAAUUGCGCAAACAUUAACUACUUUGCUAAAAUGAUUGAGUAAAAAGUGAAACUAUCUAAAAACAAACUGCUCAAAGCCACUAAUUACUUUUUUUGUUGUUGAUUUUUCUGAUUUUUUUUUUCAAACCCUAGUGUAAAUAAAUUAUUUUCUUCCCUAGUGAGAAUCCCCAACAGUAACUUAUAAAAUUAAAAGCAGCUGUUUGGACAACAAUGAUCAAACACUGAAACAAAGCAAAGCGAAAUUCAAAAUGAAACUAAUCCCACUCCUUAAAAUUCUAAAAAAUCAUCCAUUGCGAACAAAAUCAAUAGUGAUUCACCCGUCCUCAACGAACAGAAAUGAAAAAAACUCAAGGAUAAAAAUUCGUCUCGCUUUUCGCCUUGUAAAACCAAAAUGUAAAUCAGCAGAUAAGUGUAAAGAAAGGCGAAAGUGAUAAUGUAAUCCAACUCUGGAUGAAAUGAUACCCACUGUGAGUGCUACCCUCAAUUCCUCGAAAUUCUUCAAACAACAGAAAACACACACACACAAACCAGACAAACACAAAAAGAACACGUUCAUGAUACCAAGUAAGCAAGUAUAAGCAGGUGCUGCAAAGCAGAACGAUCAACAUAAACCAAACCAAACAGUGCUAAAACUAAGCUCCUAUUGUACAUAACCUUUAAAAAACAUAUGCGCUUUCACUGUCGGUACGCUUCAUUCCCCUUUUCUUUUGUUAUGGCUUUCUUUGCUUUUUCUUACCAUUGGAAUCACAUCGUCAUAACUGGCAACACUGAAAAAAAUAACAUCAUUAAAGUGGACCGCAAGGAAAGUGCCAUCUUUUGAAACCGAUGGAGUACAUGUUCUUUGAAGAUUACAUUUUUGCCAGAUAGAUGACGUUAUUUAGAAUGUCUAAGAACAGGUUUGGAAAUGACCGAUUUAUUUGUUAUGUAGUCUUUGCUAUUAAAAUAAACAUUCAUUCUACUUAGUGAGCAACAUUCCUUUGGAAAUGGGGGAGAAUUGUAGGGACAUUUUUACAGUUGAAAAGAUGAAACAGUUGCAGCAUUUAUUAAGUAUCAACACAAAAAAACAGUUACACUAAACAACCAAAAUUUUUGCAACAUUGUCCAAAAUAAAGACAACAUGACAUAAACUGAGAAAGUAAAUCAAAUCCAUUUUAUAUUUCAUAGAAAACGAUCCCCGAAUAAUCAAGUUGUUGCGUUUGCAACCUUUAUCGGUUCCUGGCUUUCAUCCCUACUUUUCGUGUGUUUUUCACAAGCUUUAAUGAACACAAAAACCUAAAUACACAUAAAAAACACAAAACAUAUUUAUUAUUAUAUCCUGGAAGUUUCAUCAAACCUUCGCUAUACAUUCGUUAAUAUCACAAACAUACACACAACAUGGUGGUUGCAUAACAAUUAUUAAUUAAAAAAAAAUGACGUGAACAUAAGCAAACGUGGAAAAGUGUUAACAAUUUAAAACAUGGUUCAUUUAACUAGCAAUGGUAAUGAGAAAACAUAAGAAAACCUACCUAAAUAGUUCGUAAACAGUAACGUUGAAACAACAAAACAAACAAACAAAUCUAAAGCAAAAAUAUUAACACAUUGCAUCUAGUGAAGAAAACAAAAAGAAGAAAUAGAAAAAGUGGUUCUAUAUUGUUUCUUCUAUUUCUUUGUAUGAUAAAAACAGAAGCAAGAACGAGAAUACAAAAAUGAGAAAAAACGUAUAAAUUUACUGAAGAACUAUUCAUUUUGUAUCAAAAUAAAUUUAUUAUGAUUGAGAAAAAUAA